GGGGCCGGGCCAUGAACUGCAGCGACGGGGAAGGGCUGCAGGCGCUCAUCAACGCCUUGCUGCGGGAGCUGCGCCGCGGCGGCAACACCAGCGCGACCGGGAGCGGGGCCAGGAGCGCGGCUGGGGCCGACGCCUCGCUGUACAUCCUGCUGAUCAUGAUCUUCUACGGCUGCCUGGCCGGGGGGCUCAUCCUGGCCUACACCCGCUCGCGAAAGCUGGAGUCCAAGCACGAUCCCUAUCACCUCUACAUCGAACGGGACUGGGGCCGCGGCGGCCCGGGGCAGCCGGGCGAGGAGAGCGGCCCCGCCGAGGGCCAGCGGCCGAUGUGAGCCUGGGGGCUUGGAGGGUGUCCCGGCUUGUCACAGAUCAAAGGGACUGCUGCGGUUCUUUACCUUUCUGGAGUGAUUUGUGCUGCUUUUCUACAAUAAAGACCCGCGUUGCGUACGUACAGAAACCUCCUCUCAUCAAUCAUCUUCAGAUCUUAGUUUAAUAUCCUGCUUGGAAUCGGUUUGUAUUCCGCUUUGUUACCUGGCUACACCGCUACUGCGGUGGGCAGCAUUUCACAGGAGUAAAAGCAGCUCCAGUAUUGUUGUAUUAUAGGUAUUUCUGACACUUCAGAGGGUCAAUAGUUGUGCCGGGUACGACUGAUGGUAAAGGGCCG